CAUCACUCUGAUCUCUGCCUUUGUCUUUACAUGGUGUUCCUAUGUAGGCACCCAGUUUUCCUUUUGUUAUAAGGACACCAUAAGAAGCUAAGAAGUGCAAAAGAAGAGAAAAAGAAUAAAUCAAAGGCACCAGUUAUAUUGGAGUAGGGACCAGGAUGGCCACAUCUUAACUAAUUAUAUCUGCAAUGAUCCUAUUUCCAAAUAAGGUCAUCUUCUGAGCAAAACGCACUGACACUUUCUGUCUGUGGCUAAUCAGUCAAAAACAUAUGCAAUAAAAGCAGAAGUUAAAGAUCAGCAAGAUGACGAACAUGUUUUGCAAUCCUGUUGAAAAGAGAACAAACAAAAGUGAUCAAGAGAAACAGACUAAGUCUGUUGAUUGAUUUAAAGUGGAUUUAUGUUUAAGUAGAAAACUACUUCAAAUGCAUAUGUGGGGAAGAUGUCCACUUCAAUGUCACUGAUCUCCAUCAUUAUCAUGGUAUCUGGCUGUACAGGAAGCUUGGCUGGGGUGGCCUCAGAAAACUUAAAAUCAUGGUGGAAAGGUAAAGGGGAAGCAAGCAUGUCUUCAAAUGUCCAGCAGAAGCUUCAGAUAAUAAUUCCUGUCUGAUGACACAACUGGAAAUGCAGAGCCAGAGAAUAUUUCUUAAUGAAGUUUCAAGUAGUUCAUGUAUGGAUGAAAAGCAGAUGACGCAGAACAAUUCAACAGUUUUCCAAGAAGUUAACACUUCAUGGCCUGUACUGAUGGGUAAAAACACUGUGCUUCGUUGCCCUCCUAUCGCAUUAAAAUGUUUGAUCAUAAUAACAUGGGAAAUAAUCCUGAGAGACCAGCCUUCCUGUAAAAAAGCCUACAGGAAAGAAACAAAUGAGACCAAGGAAACCAACUGUACUGAUGAGAGAAUAACCUGGGUCUCUAGACCUGAUCAGAAUCCUGCCCUUCAGAUUCAUCCAGUGGCCAUCACUCAUGACGGGUAUUACAGAUGCAAAAUGGGAGCACCUGACGGGAAUUUCCAUCGUGGAUAUGACCUCCAAGUGUUAGUUACUCCUGAAGUGACCCUGUUUCAAAGCAGGAAUGGAACUGUGGUAUGCAAGGCAGGUGCAGGGAAGCCAGCUGCACAGAUCUCCUGGAUCCCAGAGGGGGAUUGUGUCACUGAGCAAAAAUACUGGGACGAUGGCACAGUGACUGUUAAGAGUACAUGCCACUGGGAGGGCCACGAUGUGUCUACGGCGACCUGCCGUGUCUCCCAUUUGACUGGCAACAGAAGUCUGUCCAUAAAGUUGAAUUUAGGUCUCAGAAGCUCAGGAUCUCCAGCGUCGUCCUCCUUACUGAUCAUUCUUUAUAUGAAAUUCUCUCUUUUUGUGGUGAUUCUGGUCACCACGGGAUUUGUUUUCUUCCGGAGGAUAAAUGAUGUCAGGAAAGCUCUUUAAAGAGAAAGGAAGGGUCCUCUCUUGCUUCUCUUCCUUGUUUCCCGGACUGCAACACGGGUGAGAUGAGUGAUGGUCCAGCAGCCAACUUGGGCCAUGGGUGAUGCUGAGGACAGAAACCACUCAGUAGGACAGAAGAAAAGAAAGAUGGAAGAAGGAUCCUGGGCUUGAUGACCAUGAAGUUUCCCUACAAACUCUCAACCAUCUAUUCAUUGACUUCUUUUGUGUGAGAGUGAAUAAAAUUUUGUUCUUGCCAGUGUUAUUUUCAGUUUUACACUACACAUAGCUAAACUUAAUCCUAAUUGAUGCAAAUACCUAGUUUGUUAAUAUGAAGGUUUGUGUCAAUGUUGCUACAAGUUAUUUUCUACUCAUGUAUGUUCUCACGCCCAAUUUUUGUUCUUCCCCUAGUGACAAUGAAACAGAUGUUCCCACUCAUGUGAAAUUGU